AAAAUCUUGUCUUUUAUCGCUCUCAUCAGUCGAUGUGUAUCCGUUUUUUAUAUGGAAAAUCAACUAAUAAUCUUUGUGCGAUUAUCAAUCAUCGGUCAUAUCUCUCUGCACCCCCAACAGUACUGAACAAAAUUCUCUGAACCCAAAAUCGUCAUCUCAAACGUCAUAUAUACUUCCCGUCCUUUUUUACCCCUACACUCAUAUAUUACUUUCCCAACUCCUUGAGUCCAUUCAUAUCCACAGACUAACAGACGACUGUAAUAAGUACCCGAUCAUCAACCAGAUCUCUCUCUCUCAUCAAUUACACACACAAACACACACAGAGUAGAGCAAUGGAUUCGCCACACCCACACGUGCUCCUCGUAACGUUGCCCGCCCAGGGCCACAUCAACCCGUCCCUCCGCUUCGCCAAGCGGCUCUUGAAUAUGGGCAUCGAGGUCACCUUUGCCACGAGCAUCCACGCCCGACACCAGAUGGAGAAAACCGCAGUAGGCCCCACCCCUGACGGCCUCUCCUUCGCCCCCUUCUCUGACGGCUUCGACAACGGGUUCAUCCCGAACCAAGACGACCACAAGAGGCAUAUGACCGAGAUAAAGAUCCACGGCUCCCGAGCCCUAAGGGACACCAUUCUCAAAGCCUCCGAAAUGGGCCGACCCGUGACGUGCCUCGUCUACACUCUCCUCCUCCCGUGGGCCUCUACAGUGGCCCGAGAGUUCCAAAUCCCCUGCGCCCUCCUCUGGAUCCAGCCUGCCACUGUUCUCGACUUGUACUAUUACUACUUCGAUGGCGCGUUUGGCGAUAUUAGCAGUGUCAGGCUGCCCGGGCUCUCACAUAUCACCUUCUCCAAGAGGGACCUCCCCUCCUUGCUACUUCCCACAUCGGAUAUGUACCACUUAGUGCUCCCGGCCUUCAAGGAGCAGUUCGACACGCUGAACAUUGCCGAGACGAGGCCGAAGGUUCUUGUCAACACGUUCGAUGCGCUCGAGCCCGGCGCGCUCCGCGCCAUCGAGCGCUACGACGUGAUCGGCGUGGGCCCGCUCGUGGACGCUGAUAUUCGAGGCGACCUGUUCGGGAAAUCCGAGGGAUGCAUCGAGUGGCUCGACUCGAAGCCUAAAUCGUCGGUCGUGUACGUCUCGUUCGGGAGUCUCGUGAGUUUGGAGAAGGCGCAGAUGGAGGAGAUCGCCGGGGGGCUGCUCGGCUCGGGGAGGCCGUUCCUGUGGGUGGCACGGGAGUCGGUGGGGUGGGUGGAGGAGCUUGUUCGGGAACAGGGGAAGAUUGUGGGGUGGUGCCAGCAGAUGGAGGUGCUGGGGCACGAGUCGGUGGGAUGCUUCGUGACGCACUGCGGGUGGAACUCGACGCUCGAGAGCUUGUGGUGCGGGGUGCCGGUGGUGGCGUUCCCCGUGUGGUCGGACCAAGGGACGAACGCGAAGAUGAUUGAGGAGGAGUGGGGGACUGGGGUCAGGGUGGGGCCCGGGGAGGACGGGAAGGUGUCGGGGGAGGAGAUCACGAGGUGCAUCGAGCGGGUAAUGGAGGGAGGGGAGAAGAUGAGGGAGAAUGCGGGCAGGUGGAAGGGUCUGGCGAGGGAGGCCUUGGCUGAGAAUGGAUCUUCGUAUAGGAAUUUGGAGGCCUUUUUCAAGGAGUUGGAGUUGGGGCAUUUGAAUAGUUAG